UUCGGGAGGAUCAGAGUCGGUGUGUGAGAGGAAGCGUACGCAUAGACACUCGCUAAGGACUACGACUUUGUAUUACAAAUUACGGACAGUGCCGAACCAUAACAAACCAGUAUGGACGUGUUCUUCUGAGGCGGUUUGGUGCAUUAGUCUAAAUUAACGUUACGUUAUAUUUUUAUAGUCUUUUUCUUGAUUAAAAUGUUGGAUAAACGUGUUGUGGAUUUGCGCUUGGAUCAGCUGGAAGACGUGAGGGCAAAAAAUGCGAAAGAGCCGUUUGAGAAGCAGUACAAGUAUGGAGCGCUUUUGGGCAGCGGCGGUUUCGGCUCCGUGUUCGCCGGACAGCGCCUUUCAGACGGCCAGCAGGUGGCUAUUAAACAAAUUUCCCGUGACAGAGUUCAACAGUGGGCUAGACUGCCUGGUGAAGCAAACAUGGUUCCCAUUGAGAUCGCUCUUCUAGUCUCUCUGGGAGGAGGACAGGGAUCAGUACCCGGUCAUCGGAGCAUCAUCAGGAUGCUAGACUGGUUUGAGGUGCCGGGUCAAGGUUACCUUAUUGUUUUUGAAAAGCCCCAACCCUGCCAGGACCUGUUUGACUUCAUCACAGAACGUGGAGCAUUGGAGGAACCCAUUGCACAGAGGUUCCUCAAACAGGUUGUUGAAGCUUUGCAGUUUUGUCACUCCAAGGGAAUUGUGCAUCGGGACAUCAAAGAUGAAAACAUCCUAGUUGAUACUCGUACCGGUGACAUUAAAAUAAUCGACUUUGGAUCUGGUGCUUUACUGAAGGACUCCAUUUACACUGACUUUGAGGGUACCAGAGUUUACAGCCCUCCCGAGUGGAUCCUUCACCAACGUUACAACGCCCGUCCACUCACUGUGUGGUCACUGGGCGUGCUUCUGUUUGACAUGGUGUGUGGAGACAUUCCCUUUGAGAGGGAUGGAGACAUCAUACAAGCCACUCCAAGUUUCACUAAACGCAUCUCCAAAGAAUGCCAGUCUCUGAUUCGCUGGUGCCUUGCGUACAGACCGGACGAUAGGCCAAGUUUGGAAGAGAUUUUGCAACAUCCAUGGAUGCUGGAGAACUCGGACGACAUUGGAGAUUUGCAGGCGGAAAUCAAUAUUCAACCAAGCCUUUAAAUCCUGAAGGACUCUGGACUUGCGUCAGGAAUUUCAUUUUACACUGGACUCUAGUCACUGCCUUCUGGAAUGUUCCUAAUUUAUUUGUUUUGUUUUAUGUGGACUCGGGAUCUAUGAUCAAUGCAUAGAAUCCCAAAAUUAAGCCCUGGAGUGCUGCAUCUGUACUUUAUGAAUGAAUGCUUCCCAUUUCCACGACCCACACAUCUCAAUGCAACAGUGGGACAGGAUCUUUUCUUGUAUAUUUAUUGUUGGUUAUUUAUUUUUAUAGCCACGUACUAAUUUAUUUUUGUACUCUAUGAUUCAUGUGGUUUCAGAAGCAGUAAACUUCCUGUAUGUUUUUUUUUUUUUUUUUUUUUAGUUCUAACUAACUUAAGAAAUGAUCACAGGUGAAUUUCAGUCAUCCAUCAGCCUGUAAUGAGACCUGGUUUUACAGGUUUUUAUUGUACAGUGAUAUUCUUUCCCUGUUCUAAGGGUGACAAAAAGACUUUGGAUCUUGUUUCCAGUCAAUUGAUGGAGCACAACAAUAAUUCAGCCUCACGUGGAUCCGUUCCCAUUCAUCAGCAACGCACACUGUCAAAGACGGCAACAGAAGAAAGGAGAAACAUUCCUGUUGGUCUUGUUUACUUGGAAUGGAAACAAUUCACUAGAUAGCAGAAAUCUCUAGCAAGCUGGCUUUUGGUUUCUGUCUGUAUUGUUUGUUUGUGAAAAACUCGAGGCUGUAACUUAGAAAAUGUUGUCAGGACACAUUGCUUUCAAAAGAACUGUAGGUUUUCUUGCCAUUUGAAUGCAAAUUACCAAAGGUGAAAGCAAGUGUUGGUUGACCUCAGGGUCUUAACCACUAACCCAGUUGUCUGUAUUUUUGAACACUUCUUGUUUAAGUUAACACCAAAGAAUGAAGUAACACUGCCUUGUUAUGAGUUAAAAGUUUCUUAUGCAGAAUUCAUUGCAUUUAUAUGUCAUGUUGAAAGGUGGACAUACUGCAAAACAUCAAAUUGAUAUUAUUGUGAUUUUGUCCGAUGUACCCACACUUGAUUCAUUUUAGUGUUAUUAGCUUACACUGGAUUGACAUGUUUCAAAUAUGUUUAAGGCCUAGCAAUGUGUUGCAAUUGCCAACCUAAAUCGUAUUUUUGAUAACAGUGACAUUUUAAAAGAUGUACUUGCUUUUUUUUUUAAGAAUCCUUGCUGUUUAGCUUGGGUUGCAUAUUGGAUGUAAAUACUUGUGUAUUUAAAAAUGUUGUGGCAGUUGUCACCUAAUGUUUAAUUUAUGAGAUCCUAUAAAUAAAAUAUAGAUGUGAAAAAUCUAUAUUUAAAGAAGCA